CUGAUCGCGAACACGUCUUCUAUACCACCACCUCGCUAUUAUGUCGUCGAGGAUAAAGUCGAAAACUGCCGCGGAAAGGGUUGAGCUGAUUCUGGAAAUGCGGCUGCAACGUCUAUUCACGUCGCUCUGUGCACAGAUUGACGGAGGACAUUUCAUCAACGCGCUCAAGACAUGCGACAAGAUAUUGACUCUCGCCCCCACCGACCCGGAUGCCCUACAAACCAAGCUGUUUCUUCUCCUGCAGACGGAGCGUUAUGAUUCAGCGCUUGACCUACCAGGGUGCGAUGGGUUUGAGAAAGCCUAUGCGUUGUAUAGGAUGCAGAGGGGGGAUGAGGCACGACAAGUGUUAAAAGAAGUAACAGGUGAUGCUGAGAGAGGCGCGACUCAUUUGGAGGCACAGCUCAGCUACCGAAACGGAGACUUUGCUACCGCAGUGGAUCUAUAUACCGCUCUUCUCGAUUCCUCUGACCCCACAUCCGAGGAGCAUACCGAUAUCCUCACCAACCUCUCUGCGGCCCAACUACACCUGGAUUUCCUCCUUCAGGAUACUGCCUCUUUCUCGCAGCUGCUUCCUUCCUCCAUAGCGUCCUCUCUAGAGAGCGCCCCACCUCCGGCUCUGGCACCGUCGUCCAUUGCCGCUACUGUCCAGGUGUCGACAGCCCAGCCCACUACGACGACAAAGAAGGUGCGAGCUUCGCGUGUCCCGAAGGGUAUCACACCUGGUGUUUCUCCAGCACCAGACCCGGAGCGGUGGCUGAAGAAGAGCGAACGGUCUACAUAUCAGCAGAGCAGGAAGAAAGGGAGGAGCGGCGGGGGAGGAGCGACCCAGGGUUUGACGGAACCCGCUACUGGAGGUGGUGGUGGCGGCGGCGGUGGAGCAGGAAAGAAGAAGGGGAAAAAGAAAUAAACAGGUGGGGACUCGGAAGGACGCGAUUUUUUUUUUUUGCGCCAGAUGACUUGUUUGUACAUACGAAGAAUACUGAGGCGAUUUUGUACUCACCCU